UAAGAAUAUUUUCACAGGUUGCUGCGACUGUGAUUGCCGCCGCGACGUAGCUAUGUCUCGCUUAUGGUUUCCGUUGCUGUCUCAACGCCGGCGGGUCAUCGGUAAUGGCGUUUCCGAUAUCGUAGGAAGAAGUAGAACAACAAGCUUUAGUAGUCUGUUGCCUAAUUUUCUCAGUGGCUCGGUUUUAUGCAACGGGGGGCACACGCCUUCAAAUUUUUCUACACUUCCGAAGCCCCUCAGUGAGAAAUGCAACCAUUCAUUCGUCAAAUCAGGUUGGAAUAGUGGCAUCUCAAGUACAAGAUUAUUGCUUCCUUUGGCUGCUGUUCAUAUCGCCAGGGGAUUUUGUGGAGUAUCAGAAAAUGGGCACUCGGAGAAAUUUUUAAAUGAUAAGGCAAGUGAUGGUGAUGUUGUUGCUAAUAUAGUUCAAGCUGUACACAAAAAUUCAGUUGAUUUCACCAAAAUUCCCAUUAAUAUGCUUCCAACUGUUGUGCUUGUUGGGCGCCCCAAUGUUGGCAAGUCUGCAUUAUUUAAUCGGUUUAUUAGGAGGAGGGAGGCACUAGUUUACAACACACCUGAUGAUCAUGUUACUCGGGAUAUUCGUGAAGGGGUUGCCAAACUUGGAGAUUUGCGCUUUGUAGUAUUGGACUCUUCUGGCUUGGAGACAGCAGUAUCUUCUGGCUCUAUUCUUGAAAGAACAGCAAGAAUGACUGAAAAGGUGCUUCUCAAGUGUCAGUUAGCAAUUUUCCUCAUUGAUGCAAGAGCUGGUCUUCAUCCCUUUGAUUUGGAGGUUGGGAAGUGGCUGCGCAGAAAUGUACCUGAUAUUAACAUUUUAGUAGCAAUGAAUAAAUCUGAAUCGCUUAUCGACAGCAGUGGCACACUUUUGGCUGCUGGCUUUGAAGCUGAAAGGCUAGGCUUUGGAGAUCCUGUUCCCAUAUCAGCUGAAACUGGACUUGGCAUGCAUGACCUGUAUUUAGCCAUCAAACCUGUGCUUGAGAAGUACAUGCUCAAAGUUAUAAAUGAUAAUGGUGGUCUUGAUCGCUUCCAUCAGGUCACAGGCUCCAAUGAGGAUGAGGACACCCAGGACAGUAAGGUGCAAUUACAGUUAGCAAUCGUUGGACGACCUAAUGUUGGCAAGUCAACCUUGCUAAAUACACUGUUACAAUCGGACCGUGUUCUUGUUGGUCCUGAAGCUGGUUUAACAAGGGAUUCUGUUAGAGCUCAAUUUGAGUUUGAGGGUAGAACUAUAUACUUGGUUGAUACAGCUGGUUGGUUGCAUAGGACUAAGGAGGAGAAAGGACCAUCAUCCUUGAGUGUCAUGCAAUCUACUAAGAAUCUGAUGAGAGCUCAUGUGGUUGCUUUGGUUCUUGAUGCAGAAGAGAUUGCAAGAGAACGAAGAAGUAUGAAACAUGCUGAAGUGGUUAUUGCAAGGCGAGCAGUGGAGGAAGGUCGUGGUUUAGUAAUAAUCGUCAACAAAAUGGAUCUUAUGAGGGGCAGAAAAAAUUCUGCUUCAUAUGAGAAGAUCUUGGAGGCCGUCCCCGAAGAAAUCCAAACAGUAAUUCCUCAGGUAACAGGAAUACCAGUUAUAUUCAUUUCAGCCCUAGAAGGAAGGGGUCGACUAGCAGUCAUGCGUCAAGUUGUUGAGACAUAUGAAAAAUGGUGUUUGAGGUUGUCCACAGCACGUCUUAACCGGUGGUUACGGAAGGUCAUGAGCAGACAUUCUUGGAAAGAUCAAUCUGCCCAACCAAAGGUCAAGUACUUCACGCAGGUGAAAGCCAGACCGCCUACAUUUGUUGCCUUUGUCAGCGGGAAGACACGGCUAUCAGAUACCGACAUCAGGUUUUUAACCAAAUCGUUGAAGGAAGAUUUCAAUUUGGGUGGAAUUCCCAUAAGAAUUAUGCAGCGUGCUGUCCCAAAGAAAACUGAUGAUGGGGGUGGCAAGAGCAACAAGCAUGUUAGCCGAACUCCCGAACGAAACAAAUCCGAUAAGAGAAGUCCCAUUGUUAAAGAGCAGACAGCUUAAGCUUCGAGCAGCAACAUAUAUUUUGGCAGAAUGCUCGAAGGAAUCAAAUCAGAUAAGCGAAGUCUCGAUGUCAAAGAACUGACGGCUUGGUAGUGAAUCAUGAAACAGAUUCACACUCCAGGAGUUGCUUAGGCUGAAAGAAUGACGGGCAAUCCGGAGGGAAUUGGAAGAUGGAUGGGUUUUGAUCUUCAUCUAUAUAGAUUUUGGAGUUCA